AUGCUGGUCAUAACGCCCUCGAUUACUAUAGCCGGAUUCAUUUUCCUCUUUUAUAUUCUUUGGGUCCGGCAAUUCCGCUAUCAUCGAGCUCGCAAACAUGCCCAACUUCUGGCGCAGUCACAAGCAUUGGAUACCCAGGAAAUGCCUCUUCCUAUAGCCCAGGAGAUAUAUGACUCUCUUAUGCAUGCCGAGUUCCCAUUUUGGUUUUGGAAAGGCAUUGAACUUGCCCUAUUCCGCACUUACGCUAUCCCCACAAUAUCCUCUUUGUUAGCCAAGACAUCGCGAUUAGUGUCACCGGAAAUUCUUCCGAGAAGAUAUGUCGAAACAGAAGUGCUUUUCCUAGAAUUCGCACUGCGUAAAUGGGGUACAGUCCCUUGGCUCCAAGCAACGGCGCGAACUCGGGCUAUCCAUGCUGGGUAUCGAAAGUCAGGGGCCGUGAGAGAGGAAGAUAUGCUAUUCACAUUAGCAGCUUUGGCUACCCAGCCAGUGACACUGGUUGAACAAUUGGAAUGGAGACGUCUAAACGAGGCUGAGCUUUGUGCCGUCGGGACUCUGUAUCGCGCAAUGGCAGAUGCAUUUGAUAUUGACUACUCCGUGUAUCUUGCUCCAUAUGUCGACAAGAAGCCGAGUACCGGUCUGCUUGGUCUAGACUUUUACUAUGCUUUACAUGACUGGCAAAUGGCAUAUGAAGCUAGAGUAAUGACAUAUACACCGCAGAACAGAGUGCUCUGCGAUGCCGCAAUCGGCCUUCUACUAUGGGGGGUUCCUGGCGCAUCGGUAAAGCAGUUCGUCACUACAGCACUGACAACCGUUAUGGACGACUCACUGCGCGAAGCAAUGGGAUUCCCACCAACUCCAGUUUGGAUUGCCAAAAUUACAACCUCUCUGUUGGAUGCCCGACGAUGGUUUCUUAGAUAUUUGUGCCCGCCGCGUCCAGAUGCACUGAAGAUUCAGCGUUGGAAAGAUUUGGAUCCGUCAUCUAUUGGAUGUGCAUUUGCACCAGCAACGGCAACUACUAACAAGGAAAGUGACACUGGUUCGGGACUAGAGUCAAAUUUCCAGGGAGAGCGGCCUAAAAAUUCAAGAGUCGGGAUCUACAAAACUCCCACCACGAGAAUGGUAUCGUAUGUCGCUGCACCGUACUUUGUGAAGCCCACCAUAUGGAAUCGUUGGUUCAGUCUAGGAACAUGGUGGUGGUGGGCAGUGGGUCGUCCGAUCCCAGGCGCCGAAGAAAUUCAUGAACCAGAGGGUUAUUCUAUCCUGGCCCUGGGACCGCCUUUGGGACGGACAACCGCUGCCCAAAAAAGAGAGGAGGAAGCUGUUCUGGCAGUGGGUCUCUCCAAAGGAUGGCAGCAUCUUUGA